AUGACCGAGCAGAUAUAUUCACAAUAUCCUCCGCCAAUACCGGAGGACCUUUCGUCUCAGAUCGCGCUUUAUGUCAAGAAUUGGACUGCCGAGCAUGGUCUUCUAGUGCGCCCAUCCGCCAAACAGGUCACAGCAGACGCCAAUCCGAAUAAUGUUUUGGCAACUAAUGCUCCGGUUUCGCUCUUCCCAAGUCCAUUCCCUCGGAAAUUGUUCGAACAAGCGCAGUCGCUACAAACGGUGUACAAUGAGCUGCUCAUUGAAGUCGAUGAUUUCCUGGCCAAUCUAUGGAAGAUACAUCUCGAAGUCAAAGCCGAAGGAUACGCCCACGAGCACACCCUUGGCUUGUUCCGUUCCGACUACAUGCUCGAUGCUGCAACCGACACUGUCAAACAAGUCGAGUUCAACACCAUAUCGUCGUCCUUCGGUGGCCUGUCGUCCCGUGUGGCCGAACUGCACACCGAGCUUCUCAGCUUUCCAUCUGCAGAAAAGCCCCUCCUACCGUCUCUCAGUCCCAAGACCGAAGCGUCCGUAAAGCAACUGCCACCCCCUAACAAGGCCGUUCCAACACUAGCUCGCGGCCUAGCAACCGCACACAAAGCCUACGGCCCAAGCAAAUCCGACCCACCACUCCCACUCUGCAUCAUCUUCCUCGUCCAACCCGACGAACGCAACAUCUUCGACCAACUCGCCCUCUCGACCCACAUUCACAAAUACCACUCCAUCCCCACCUUCCGCCUACCCACAACCUCAGUCCUCACCUCCACCAAAAUUGGCAACACCCCAUCCCGACCCCUAAUCUACACACCCCCAUUCGCACCCACCCAGCAAUACGAAGUCACCACCGUCUACUUCCGCGCCCUCUACGCCCCCUCAGAAUAUACCUCCCCCUCAAUCUGGGCCGCCCGCCACCAUCUCGAACGCUCCUGCGCCACGAAGUGCCCCUCCAUCCUCCUCCACCUCAGCGGCAGCAAAAAAGUCCAACAGAUCCUCACCUCCACCACCCCAGCCGACAUCCUCGCCUCCUUCCUCCCCAACACCUCAAAAAGCACACUCGACUCCCUCCGCUCAACCUUCUCACCACAGUUCUCCAUGUCCGACGACGAUGCUUCGGGGCUAGCCCUGGCGACUGACCCCAAAACCUCCCAAAACUACGUCCUCAAACCCCAACGCGAAGGCGGCGGCAACAACAUCUACAAGCACAACAUCCCGCCCUUCCUCGCCUCCAUCCCCAAAGACCAGUACAAACAGUAUAUCCUAAUGGAGCUGAUCCACCCGCCGAAGACGGCGCACAACACGGUGUUGAGGAGCGAUGGGGAGGUCGUUAGUGGGGAGGUUAUCAGUGAGCUGGGGAUCUUCGGGACGGCGCUGUGGAAGACGACGAAGGCGAAGGCGGGAGAGGAGGGAGGUGGCGAGGGGAAGAGGGUGUUUCCGGAGAUUCUGCACAAUGAGGAAGGAGGGUAUCUGAUGCGGACGAAGGCGAGUGGGAGUGAUGAGGGUGGUGUUGCGGCCGGUUUCAGUAGUUUGGAUAGUGUGGUGCUGUAUGAUGAGGAGGACUUCGCGUGA